AGGGCCAGUCAAAGAACACGCAGAAAACGAAUAUCAAGUCAAGCCAUUUUACUGAUUCAUGCGCUCAAAACAGACAGGAUGAGACUCAGUCAUGUUUUCAUGCUGUUCUGCGGCACUUUGGUCAGCACACACAUUACAGAUGAGUUUCUGGGGCCAAUCCAGUGUCUGGAAAAGAAGUUAACGCGUCAGUCAUGUGACCUGGUGUUUUGUCCACCAUGGCAGUACUGCGUUAAUGGGGUCUGUUCUUGUAAACCCCCCUACCUGUGUCCAAGUGAGGGAGCGAGCCCAGUGUGUAGUCAUGGCAACAGAACGCUCUUGUCUUAUUGCCAGGCAAUGGCUGUGUCUUGUCAGAGAAAAGCUCCCCAGAUGUCACAUUUUGGUACCACAUGCACAGCCGAAGAGCCGAAGUUCAGAACCACGUUGGAGAAAGACGUGGGAGUCGUCCGUCUAUUUGUUCCUGGAGGCGCCAAGGGUGGCGAGGACCUGCUGGUGUGUGAGGAGCGGUGGGACAUGGCUGCCGCCAACGUGGCCUGUCGGGGGGCAGGUCACCAACUCGGUGCAGCAACUGCGGGUGCAGUGUCACGCACCUCUCUGCCAACUGAACAAGGCGUGACGCUGCCAAGCAGAUGUGUGAGCGUCCGGUGCCAGGGUGAUGAAAACUCCCUCGCCGAGUGUGUCAUCUACAACAAGACCAGCAUUGGCGACAGAGGAGUCGCCACGGCAACCUGCGGCCCAUCGAUAGGUGACUCCUGUGACUUCAGGUGUGUGAAUGGAAAGUGUGUGUCUCUCCGUCAGACUUGUGAUGGUGUGGACGACUGUGGCGACCGCAGUGAUGAGAUGUGCUGCAAAAGAUGCAGAGGCGAGGCGUUCCGCUGCAGCACAGGCGUGUGUUUGCACAGAGAGUCCGUCGGAGAUGGAGUGAUGGACUGUUUGGAUGGAGCUGAUGAAGCACUGAAACACACAGGAUCUAAGCCAGUACACUCAAUGGUCACAGAGUACAUCUCUCCGAGGGACGAAAGAAGAGCCAGCAGAGUCCAGAUGGAGUCACGACUCACGUGUGGCGUGUCAAAUGUGGACAGUGACGAGCAUUUGGGAAGCGUUCGCGUCAAAAGAGUAGUGGGUGGGAUUCCAACACGACCGACACAGAUCCAGUGGCAGGUGGCGAUCAUGAAGGGCAUAAGACUCUACUGUGGAGGAGUUUAUAUCGGCGGCUGCUGGGUCAUCACCACAGCACACUGCAUCAGGCCUCCAAGCUCUGAACCGAUGGCCGAUGGCGACCUCCUGACUCAACCAAAACCAAACCUGGCCACGUUGAGAGUUAAACUUUCUCUCUGGAAAAGACACGGGGCUCAAGCCUCGACUGAUAUUGUGCCGGUGGAAGACGUCCACAUUCACCCAAAUUUCAACCCACAUACCCUAGAGAACGACAUCGCCCUGGUGCAGAUGAGGACGUUACCCUACAGUGAAGCUUGUUUUAUCAAUCCAUUUGUCAGCCCUAUCUGCGUCCCAUGGUCUCCCAGACUUUUUCACCCCAACCACACCUGCACCAUCUCUGGAUGGGGAGAAACUGCAGGUGGUCGCUUAUCUUCGGUCCUCCAGUGGGCCAACGUGACCCUGAUCGAAGACUGUCAGAGAUUCCACGGGGAGAACUUCAAACCGGGCAUGACCUGUGCAGGUGAGCUGGAAGGACAGGUGGACAGUUGCCACGGUGACAGUGGGGGUCCUUUAGUUUGUGAGGAUGAGCUCGGCGUGUCAUACUUGUGGGGUAUCACCAGCUGGGGAAGGAAGUGUGGACAAGCUCAAGCACCGGGAGUCUAUACAGAGAUUGCUCACUUCUUCGAGUGGAUCCGGGGACGUACUGGCUGGGCUGCAGUCACCAAGUUCAAUUCCUAAUGUAGCGACCAAAUGAGAAGAAGCGACCUCGAUCAAUGGCUUCUUUAAAAAAGACAAUCGUGAGCUAGCUGUUUUCUUAGAGAAUUUGACAUUUAUGUCACUGAACUAGUAGUUACUACAUUUCUUAACAAAGUUGCAGAUUCAUGAUUUAUACAUUUGAAUUUAUAGACUUGAGUCAAUGAUUCAUUCGAGUGCACCAAGAAGGAAGCGAUCUCUGUCACAAGAGCGCUACCAAUGGACGCAAGGUGUUUCUGCAAGAGUGUAUUUGAAGCUCACAUAUAAAGUAGGUUAAAGUAAGAUAACAUUUAAAUAUUUACUGUCACAGCUAUAUUUUGAUGUCAAGUUAAAUCCAGUCGGGUUUCUGCUUAAGAUGUUUCUUCUCCAGUAAUGAUCCCCUUGUCCUGCCCCGCGACUAACUAAGUAGUAACCAAUAGAGAUUGUUUACAUGACAAAAGUCUUCUUUGUGAUGUGUUCAAUUACUCAUCGGAGUGUACAAAACACUGUUGCUGAGAGACGCUCUUGAGGAUGAUGGCACCUUCCGGCCUGUACGGCAUCUUCUUCUCCUUGCUGCGAAAUAAUAGACCUCUUCUGUCUGUUUCAUUUGUUCUCCCCUCAAUUAUUGUUGCCUCUUUUUUUGAGUAUUUUCUCAACAAUUACAAUUUUUCAGUUCAGGGAAACAUAUCCACAUGUCCAUGUUAAGAUUUGUGAAUCGUAUUCUAUUCUAUAGAUUCUCCAACAUUGAAGCUGCCGCGGUCUGGCCGUGAAAUUAGAGUUUCUCAGCAAGAAACCUGGUCUCCAAAUAGAGUUGUUAAUUGCGUUUUUUGUCACUUUCAACAUCAAAGGCUUCACGUUUGCCACCUCAGAUGAAACUAUGAAAUCAUGACUAAAAUAAGUUGCUGUUCUCCAGCCGUCUUUAUGCAACUUUCUUCA